AUGCUCCACAAGCAGACACCUGAGGAUGUCAUCACAAGGCAGUUGUACCACAAGCUUGCUGACGAAACACUGACGGACCUCUCGGAACAGCUGGACAAGGAAUUGGACGGCGGAUAUGCAGACUACAAAGACGGUAAUCUUCAAAUUAAGAUUGAUAAUGUUGGCGAGUACAUGUUUAACAAGCAGCCAGCAUCAAUGCAGAUAUGGGCUUCAUCUCCAAUAACAGGACCCAGAAAGUUUGAUAUAUGUAGAAGGCAUGAAUGGAUUGAUUUGAAGAGUAACACCUCAUUCAGCAGAUACAUUGAAGAAGAGCUAAGGAGAAUGCGAAGCAAAAUGGCUGGAAAACACAAAAAGUAG